UCUUGAUCUGUGGUUUUUUUUAUUUUUGAAACAUGUCACAAAGUACAUUGAUUUGUUGACUUACGUUUGUCAAUGUCAGUCAGUAAUUCUAUUUAUUUUUUCAAAACCUAACCUAUUAACACCGAAUAAAAUGAAGUAACAAUUUUUAAUUUUCUGAUCCUUUGUAACUAGUUCUUUCUAUUUUAGAACCAUGGGCGAGUUAAUAAAAAAAAAUACGGAUUGGGAUUCUAAUAAGGGCUUACGAGAGCCUAUAAAGAAUAUAGAGGACAAAUGGAAACUUGUUCCAUCAUUUUUGCAAGUAAAAGGAUUAGUGAAACAACAUAUUGACUCAUUCAAUUAUUUCAUAAAUGUGGAAAUAAAAAAAAUUGUGCAGGCCAAUGAAAAAGUGUUUUGUGAUGCAGACCCAUUAUUUUACAUUAAAUAUCUGAAUGCAUAUGUUGGUAAGCCAGAUCUUGAAGAAGGUUUUAAUGUAACAAAACCAACUACGCCCCAUGAAUGUCGGCUAAGAGAUAUGACUUAUUCAGCUCCUAUUACUGUUGAUAUAGAGUAUAUCAGAGGUAAUCAACGUGUAAUAAAAAAUAAACAAUUGAUUGGACGGAUGCCUCUGAUGUUAAGAUCAUCAAAUUGUGUACUAACGAAUAAAGGUGAUUUUGAAUUGGCACAGUUAAAUGAGUGUCCCCAUGACCCUGGUGGUUACUUCAUUAUUAGAGGACAAGAAAAAGUAAUUUUAAUUCAGGAACAAUUAUCCAGAAAUCGUAUGAUUGUUGAUGAAUUUAAGGGCUCCAUCCAGUGUCAAGUCACUAGUUCUACCCACGAGAAGAAAACUAGAACAAAUGUUAUAGUCAAAAAUGGAAAAUAUGUUCUACGUCAUAAUGCUCUCUCUGAUGACAUACCAAUAGCAAUUGCAUUCAAAGCGAUGGGUAUCUGCAGUGACCAAGAGGUUAUGCAACUGAUUGGAACUGAUGACAAUACAGUAAAAAAAAUGGGUCCAUGUAUCAUGGACUGUCAUAAUUUAAAAAUAUUCACACAGAGUCAAGCCCUUGCUUAUAUUGGUAGCAAACUCAAAGUAAAAAGGUUUCAGACAGUGAACUCAAAAAGCCGCACCCCUGUAGACGAAGCCAGAGAUCUUUUAGCUACCACUAUUUUGGCGCAUGUCACAGUUGAAAACUAUAAUUUUUACGUAAAAGCUAUAUACUUAGCUAUAAUGGUGAAGAGAGUAAUAGAAGCAGAGUCAAAUAAAUCAGCCAUUGAUGAUCCUGAUUAUUAUGGAAACAAGAGACUUGAGCUUGCUGGUUCAUUGCUCUCUCUAAUGUUUGAAGAUUUGUUUAAAAGGUUUAAUUGGGAACUGAAAUCUAUUGCCGAAAAAAUCAUUCCUAAAGUAAAGGCAGCACCAUUUGAUGUUGUAAAACAUAUGAGACCCGAUUUGAUUACAAAUGGUUUAUUUGCAGCAAUUUCUACAGGUAAUUGGACUAUCAAGCGCUUUAAAAUGGAAAGGCAUGGUGUAACUCAAGUCCUUAGUCGUCUUAGCUAUAUUUCAGCAUUAGGUAUGAUGACUAGGGUCAAUUCACAAUUUGAAAAAACUAGGAAAGUGUCUGGUCCACGCUCGUUACAGCCCUCUCAAUGGGGAAUGUUGUGCCCUUCCGACACUCCCGAAGGAGAAGGAUGCGGUCUUGUUAAAAAUUUAGCAUUAAUGACACACAUUACAACUGAGUGCUCUGAAGAACCUAUAGCUAGGUUGGCGUGUAAUGCUGGUGUGGAAGAUAUAAAGCUUCUUGGAGGUGAAGAAAUCAAUCAUCCGGCUGUGUAUAUAGUGUUUCUUAAUGGUAACAUUUUAGGUGUUACAAGACAAUAUAAAAGAUUGAUAAGGGUAUUCAGAAUGUUUAGAAGACGCGGACUCGUGUCUUCCUUUGUAUCAAUAUAUCCCAAUCAUAACCAACGAACGGUCUAUAUAUGCAGUGAUGGCGGAAGGCUCUGCAGGCCGUACAUCAUUGUGGAAAAAGGAUUACCAUUAGUACUACAAAUUCAUAUAAAUGAAUUAAAUAGGGGCAUAAGAAAAUUUCAAGAUUUUCUAACUGAUGGACUAAUUGAAUAUUUAGAUGUAAAUGAAGAAAAUGAUAGUCACAUUGCGACAGUUGAAGCGGAGAUUGAUCCGUAUGUAACAACGCAUCUUGAAAUAGAACCUUUUACAAUUUUAGGCGUGUGCGCAGGGCUCGUACCUUACCCCCAUCACAACCAAAGCCCUAGGAAUACUUACCAGUGUGCUAUGGGAAAACAAGCUAUGGGGACCAUUGGAUACAAUCAAAAAAAUAGAAUAGAUACGCUAAUGUAUAACUUAGUGUAUCCACAAUGUCCUAUGGUUAAAACAAGAACAAUUGAGUUAACAAACUUUGACAAACUACCCGCCGGUCAGAAUGCUACUGUAGCAGUAAUGAGUUAUAGUGGAUAUGACAUUGAGGAUGCAUUGAUCCUUAAUCGAGCAUCCAUAGACCGUGGUUAUGGUAGAUGUCUCGUGUACAAAAGUGCCAAAACAACUAUGAAAAGGUACAGCAACCAGACUUCAGACAGAAUAUGGGGUCCAUCAAGGGAUGCUAACACCGGGAAAGUGAUUAGAGCACAUGAUCUCUUAGAUUCUGAUGGUAUAGCUGCACCGGGCGAAAUGGUUGAAAAUCGACAAGUUCUAAUUAAUAAGCAAAUGCCUAUAGCUUCAUCAAACCCUGUGUCUCAAGGUCAACCUCAACAAGUUGAAUACAAAGAAGCACCAAUAACUUAUAAAGGCCCUGUGGAAUCAUAUAUAGAAAAAGUAAUGGUUUCUUCUAACUCUGAAGAUGCAUUACUCAUUAAAAUACUAUUACGACAAACACGAGUUCCAGAGAUCGGAGAUAAGUUUAGUUCUCGGCAUGGUCAGAAAGGUGUCACCGGACUUAUAGUGCAGCAAGAAGAUAUGCCAUUCAAUGAUAGAGGUAUUUGCCCUGACAUGAUUAUGAAUCCUCACGGUUUUCCUUCUAGAAUGACAGUCGGUAAAACUAUAGAACUACUUGCGGGAAAAGCAGGUUUAAUGGAAGGAAAAUUUCAUUAUGGCACUGCAUUCGGCGGUUCAAAAGUGGUAGAUGUAUGCAAUGAAUUGGAAAAGCAUGGGUACAAUUACCACGGGAAAGAUAUUUUUUAUUCUGGCUUAACAGGAGAACUUUUGGAGGCGUAUAUAUAUUCAGGGCCCGUGUACUAUCAGAAACUGAAACAUAUGGUACAGGAUAAGAUGCACGCGCGCGCCCGCGGCCCUCGCGCGGUUCUGACUCGCCAGCCCACCGAGGGUCGCUCCCGAGACGGUGGUCUCAGACUCGGCGAAAUGGAGCGAGACUGCCUUAUCGGAUACGGUGCUAGCAUGCUAUUAAUGGAACGCCUGAUGCUUGCGUCGGAUGCAUUCAGUGCAGACAUCUGCGGCGCGUGUGGGCGUCUUGCUAGUCGAGCUUGGUGCCAUGCCUGUCGUUCAUCAGCCGCCGUAUCCACUGUCGAUAUGCCUUAUGCCUGCAAGCUGCUGUUCCAAGAACUCGCCUCUAUGAAUAUUGUACCUAAACUUACUCUCAAGAAAUAUUCAUAAGCAUAUUUUGUUUACAAACACUAAUAAAUGCAAUUAAAAACAGA